AUGGAACUAUCCGCGAUUACUUGGAAAGUAGCGCCGCGCGCAGCUAGGAGCCACCUCGCCGCGACUCCGCCUCUGGCUGGUCUGCCUCCCAUCGCUCAUGCGCUUUGCCCGUGUCCUCCGCAAAGCAUCCCUCUCCCUAUCCGGCUUAGAUAAACAUCUGGUCUGCUCGUUGUUCGCUGCACAUCGCAUUCCUGUUCCUCGGCUUGAGAGCUUUAGUCUCUCGACAAACAGCUCUGCUAGACCGCGGAGCACGAGCCUAAGAAGGUGCCAAUUAGUUGUCACUCUCACAAGCCUCUCCACCAUGGCUGCUACCGCUCUUGCUCAGGCCGCGGCCCCCGCGGCUCUGACCUCCUCGCUGUGCUCCAGCCAGCCUAAGGCGCUGUCCUCGACCGCCUCUCUGACUGGCAUCAAGGUCACCGCUCCCACUUUCUCCAAGAGCAAGCAGGCGCGUCGCAACCAGAUCAUCGCUUCGGCUAACGCCAAGGCGGCCGCUGCGGUGUCCGCGGAGACUAAGGCCGCUCCUAAGGCUACCAACCAGUAUGCCAUCCAGGCGUUCACCAACUGGCUGCUGCUGCAGGAGCAGGCUGGGGUGAUUGACAACGAGAUGACCAUCGUGCUGUCGUCCAUCUCCCUCGCGUGCAAGCAGAUUGCCAGCCUCGUCACCCGCGCUGGUAUCUCCAACCUGACCGGCGUGCAGGGCGCGCAGAACGUUCAGGGAGAGGACCAGAAGAAGCUGGACGUCGUGUCCAACGAGGUCUUCGCCCACUGCCUGCGUGCUAGCGGCCGCACCGGUAUCAUUGCUUCUGAGGAGGAGGACACCCCUAUCGCUGUUGAGGAGUCUUACUCCGGCAACUACAUCGUGGUGUUCGACCCGCUUGACGGCUCGUCCAACAUCGACGCCGCUGUGUCCACUGGCUCCAUCUUCGGCAUCUACCGCGAGCCUGAGGGCGGCUGCCUCAUCGACCUCGAGGAGGACGCCACGCUUGACCAGAUUCAAGCCACAUGCGUCACCAAUGUGUGCCAGCCCGGCAAGAACCUGCUCGCUGCUGGCUACUGCAUGUACUCGUCGUCCACCAUCCUGGUGCUCACCAUUGGUACCGGCGUGUUCGGGUUCACUCUGGACCCCAUGUACGGCGAGUUCGUGCUGACUCACGCGGACAUCAAGAUCCCCAAGUCCGGCAAGAUCUACUCGUUCAACGAGGGCAACUACGACAUGUGGACUCCCCAGCUGAAGAAGUACAUUGACAGCCUCAAGGACGCCAGCUCGGGCAAGCCCUACUCCGCGCGCUACAUCGGCUCGCUGGUGGGCGACUUCCACCGCACGCUGCUCUACGGAGGCAUCUACGGCUACCCCCCUGACAGCAAGAACGCCACUGGCAAGCUGCGCCUGCUGUACGAGUGCGCGCCCAUGAGCUUCCUGGCGGAGCAGGCGGGCGGAAAGGGCUCAGACGGUUUCCGCCGCGUGAUGGACAUCAUGCCUGAGCAGGUCCACCAAAGAGUGCCGCUUUUUGUGGGCAGCCCGGAUGAGGUUGAGAAGCUGGAGAAGUACCUGGCUGAGAAGUAAAUAACACGUGCGGUGUUCUUUUCUGUGGGCAGAGUAAAUUGAUUUGAGAUAAUACGGGCUUUGCUCUGUUCGUGGUCACAAUCGUAUAAAAAGGACGCUUGAAUCGUUCCAAUUUUGAAGCUGUAUCACAUGGCUUUGAUGUGCAAAUGUAUUGUGAGAUGUGGUAUGACCU